AUGGCGGGUAGUAACCGUAAGGGGGCAUGUAGGGGUAUGGUGGGUAGGCUGAUGGGUGGGAUUGGAGGGGAGCGGUGGGCGGAUAACCUGGGGAAGUACCUGGCCAAUAGGAAACGCCCAAUGCAGCAGCGGGAGUGCUUCGCAGCAGUAACUGCAGCAGCGGCGGGAGCAGCUGGAGCAGUGGGCGCAGCGGGAGCAGUGAGAGCAGUGGGCGCAGCGGGAGCAGUGAGAGCAGUGGGCGCAGCGGGAGCAGUGAGAGCAGUGGGCGCAGCGGGAGCAGUGAGAGCAGUGGGCGCAGCGGGAGCAGUGAGAGCAGUGGGCGCAGCGGGAGCAGUGAGAGCAGUGGGCGCAGCGGGAGCAGUGAGAGCAGUGGGCGCAGCGGGAGCAGUGGCAGCAGUGGGCACAGCGGGAGCAGGAGCAGGGACCUCAGCAGGGACAGGAGCAAUUGUGGAAGCAUGA